GCGCGUCGCAGUUAUUAUGGACUCUGGUGAACUGCGGUAUCAUGCGGUAUAUAAAUAUGCAGUUUCGAUGCCAAGAUGUACUGUUUGUUAUAUUAUACAAAUAUCACUGUUCAGUAUAUAGUAAUGCUUGAUAUUUUUCUUUAACAUAAUUUAAAAUAAUCAUGAAUGAAACCUCAGUGUUGCAAGAAUUAUCAGAAAUUCUUGCUGAUCCUCCUGAGACGAGAAAUAAAUGCACACAAUGCAAAAGACCAGUAGCUGUAUGCUGGUGUCCAGGGUUACCAAAGCACCCUGUGUGUCCUGCAUCAAGGAUAAAUUUACAGCACCCAGCUGAAGUAAAACGCUUGCGAACUGCACCUAUGCUUGCAUUAGGGCUGGAAUCUGGAAAAUGUUUAAUCUUUAGAGGAAAGAAAUUUCCAUUACCAAAGCAUGAAGGUUUAGCAGAAAUUUUAAAUGACAGAAAUACUAUAUUAUUAUACCCAUCUCCAGGUGCUAUACAGCUUGAUGAAUUACAUCCUGUCGGUGUUAAUGGACAAAAACCAUAUAAUCUUGUUUUAUUAGAUGGCACUUGGCCACAAGCAAAGGCAAUAUAUCAUUCAAGUCCAGCAUUAUGUUUUUUACAAGCAUGUAAAUUAGUUGGAGUUCCAACAAGUGAAUAUGUUAUCAGAACACAACCAACUGAAGGAUGUUUGUCUACCCUUGAAACAGGUGCAUUUGCACUUUCCAUUUUAGAAAAUGAUCCAGAGUUGAAGGAUAAAAUGCUUGGACCUCUACAUUAUUUAUGCAGAUUUCAGUUAGAAAAUGGUGCUGUAACUCAUCAAAGUAAAGAAUUUCUUAUUAAACAAAAAGCUUAUCCAAAGCUUAUAGGAAGAAGACUAGCUAAACAAUUACGUAUGUUACCAGAUGAAUCUACAUAACAUUUUCUAUGGAAUAACUUAAGUCAUGUAAAUAAUUAAAAAAUUUUAUUUAGAAGCAUAUUUUUAUAAACAAUACAUUAUUUUACAUUUUUCGAUAAUACACGAAACUCAAAUUU